AUGGCGUCGUCGUUGUGGAACUACCUUGGGCUUCGAGAGACGGCAACAGCACCACCAGCCGAAAAGGGGGCAGUGAGAGCGCUCCCGGCCUCAUGGUACACCUCCCAGGACAUGUUUGAGCUCGAGAGACGGGCCAUCUUCUCCCGCAAAUGGCUACUGACCACGCACCAACUGAGACUGCCCAACACGGGGGACUGGCUGCAGUAUGAAGUGUCGGGUUUCAACUUCGUGCUUGUCCGAGAUCGCGAGGGAAACGUCAAUGCCUUCCACAACGUUUGCCGCCACCGGGCCUUUCCCCUGGUGACGGAGGAGAAGGGGUCUGCCCGGAUCUUCGCUUGCAAAUAUCACGGCUGGUCGUACGGCCUCAAUGGGAAACUUGCCAAGGCCCCCGGCUACCAGGAUGUGGACGGCUUCGACAAGAGUCGCAAUGGACUGCUGCCCAUUCACGUCCAUCUCGACCACAAUGGUUUCAUUUGGGUAAAUCUCGACGCCGGAGAGAAGCCGGAGAUCGCAUGGGAAGACGACUUCAAAGGCAUCGAUGUCCAACCCCGGUUCGAUGAGGUCAAGUGGGACGAGUACACCUUCGACCACACCUGGGAGAUGGAGGGGAGCUACAACUGGAAGAUCUUGGCCGACAACUACAAUGAAUGCUACCACUGUCAGACGACGCACCCAGACAUCCCGGCUUUGGCCGACCUGGCCACGUACUCGGUCGACACCAAGGACGGUGGCAUCAUCCACGACGCCCACUCCAAGCCAGACCAGAUCGCCGCGGGGCUGCGGAUUGCCAGCACCUAUUAUUUCCCAAACGCGUCCAUGACGGUCUCACCGCACUUUUUCUUCAUGCAGCGAUUUGUGCCCAUUUCUCCCACCCGAUCGGUGAUGAAGUACGAGGUCUACCGAAACAAGCAUUCCAGCGAUGCCGACUUUAAGCUGAUCGAUUCCAUGUACAAGCGAAUCAUGUCGGAGGACAAGGAUCUCUGCGAUCUAACACAGAGAAAUCUCAACGCCGGAGUGUUUGUGAACGGAGAGCUUCACCCACAGAUGGAGAAGGGCCCGCUGUACUUCCAGAGGGUGGUCCGGGAGGUUGUGCAGGAGCAUUCCCAGCGGGAGGACAAGGCUGGGCAGGAGAUCUGGCCUGCGCGACAGAGGGUGCCCAAGGAGGCGUCCACUAGUGCCAAGGACAUCCAGUUCUGCUCCAAUUUGACUUGUCAGGCGGGCAAGGAGUGCUGCUCCAACUUGGAGGGUCAAGUACCAGCAACGGUCGCGUGGUGAAGUAUAAUGAUGAAGGAUAGGAGGAAGAACACAUGGGCUCGGUUAAUGAGGGGAAUUUGUA